UCAAAAUGGCUGCAAGAUGGAACGAAAACAUUGUGGCCGAGCAUAGAGAUUUGCAGGCCAAUGCCAUGUCAGUGGAUUGUACUGGCCAGUUUGCAAUUUUAGCAGGGAAAAGAGUGUGGGCUGUAAUUAAUUUGGAUACACCUCAGGAUGUAGUGAAGAAGUUGUCAAGACAAAGCAGGUGGGAAGUCAGUGUCGUGGAAUGGAACCCACAUGUUUUACAGAAGAACUUAUUUGCCGCGACUUCUAAUCAAAGUGCUGAUAUUUGGAGUUGGGCGGAUGGCUGUGGACGACAAAUAGCAUCACUGAAGGCUCACACAAGGGUUAUAAGUGAUGUUAACUGGUCAUGUUUUGAUUCUAACAUGUUGGCUACAUGCUCAGUGGAUACCUACAUCUAUCUCUGGGAUAUCAGAGAUUCACGGAAGCCAGCGUCUGCUCUUUCAGCUGUAGCGGGUGCUGCACAAGUCAAAUGGAAUAAGAUAGACAGUAACUACAUAGCGACUGCACACGAUGGAGAUAUUAGAAUCUGGGACCACAGAAAAAAUUCCACUCCAGUGCAGUAUAUAGCAGCUCAUCUCUCGAAGAUUCAUGGAUUAGAUUGGGAACCUAAACAAGAAUUAUGUCUCGCCACAUCCAGUCAAGAUGGUACAGUUAAGUUUUGGGAUGUGACAUCACCAAGGCAACCCCAGUCAACACUUAAUUCCACGGCACCAGUAUGGAGAGCAAGAUACACGCCAUUUGGUAAUGGUCUUGUGACAAUAGUUGUACCUCAGCUAAGAAGAGGAGAGAACAGUUUACUGCUAUGGAAUACAGACAAUUUAUCUGUUCCAAUGCAUACAUUUAUUGGCCAUUCCGAUGUGGUAUUGGAAUUCCAGUGGAGGAAAUUUAAUGAAGAUAGUACAGAUUACCAGCUAGUGACUUGGUCCAGGGAUCACACUCUUCGCUUGUGGAAAAUAGAUCCUCAUUUACAAAAGCUUUGUGGUGCAGAAGAGUUCAUUGAUGAUGUACACAGAGAUAUGGUGAGUAUAUCUCCAGGCUCAAGACACAGCAGCAUCAGUGGGGUUGCCAUAGAGAAAACUUCUCUAGGAUCAGACAAAGAACAGACUGGGAGUGCUGUGGAAGAAAUAAAUGAGAAGGUUAAAAAUGUGUCUUCAUCAGCCACUACAGUGACUGCUGGUCAACCACAGACUUUACAACAAGAAUUCUCUCUGGUCAAUGUGUCAGACAUCACAAAUGUCAAGUUGGAUUUGGAUGCAAUGCAUAGAAGUUGCAAAGUCACCAGUGUUCAUGUCAAUAACAUGGUCACUUUGAACGUCUCAUUUCCUGCCAACUAUCCCAAUAAUGCGGCUCCUGAUUUCACCUUUACCAAGCCAACCAACAUUGAUACUAAAACCAAAAGUAAAUUAUUAAAGAUACUACAGGAAACAUCUCACCAGCACGUGAAGAGGAAUCGUACAUGUCUAGAACCGUGUAUACGCAAGCUAGUCACUGGUCUAGAGACGCUAACGGUUGAUGACAAGGUUCAAGACAGUUCACAAACGCCAUAUAACUUACAGAAUGUGUCUGUAGUGAAGCAGCCUGUCAUGCCAAUCAUUUCCUAUGGUAGCUACAGAGAUCAUAACAUCCCCUUCCCGAGAACUUCAGGCGCCAGAUUUUGUAGUGUUGGCAAGCUGGUAGUUUUUAUGAGACCUGUUGUUAAGAAAAGUAGCAAUCCUGAAAACACACCAAGGUCACUGUCUGUCUUAGGUACAUUCCGUACCUUACCAAUAAAAGGAAUGGCAUCCCAAACAUCACAGUAUAAUAUUUAUAAUACAAACCUAGGGAGUCCUACAAGAGAUGUUGAAGUAUCUAUCAGUAACUAUUAUAAAGACAGAGAUAGAGAAAGGAAAAUCCGUGGUAGAGGGUCGUCAAAACAUAAACGUGGCUGGGAAGUGGACUACGUGAAGCCAACGUCGUCAGGAUUGGUGACAGUCUAUGACAUAGAAAUAGUCUUACCGAUUCAUAAAACAUUAGCGCAGAACUAUGUUCUGGAUCAUAAUGAUAUUCCUGGAAUGUGUAAGUUUGGUACGUUAUGUCAACACUGCCACCGUGAGGUCAAAGGUGCUCACUGCGUUGAAUGUAAAAGAUAUAGUUUCCAAUGUGCAAUAUGCCAUGUAGCGGUUAAAGGUUCUUCAAAUUUCUGUCUGUCCUGUCGCCAUGGUGGUCAUUCCCACCAUAUGCUGGAGUGGUUUCAGACUCAAGAUGUCUGCCCUACAGGCUGUGGCUGUUAUUGCAUGCAAGAAGAUUUCCAGUUGUACGGCAGAGAGAGAACUGAUAGCUUCAGUCGUUCUGGACACACAGGCAGAGAGCGAACAGACAGUUUUGGCCGAUCUGGAAUCACUAGCAGGGAAAGGGCUGACAGCUAUGGAAAAUCCGGAUUUUCUAAUUUUCUCUAG